AGCGGCCGAUGAAUUCAGACCAGGGCGGAGAGCCGCUGCAGGAGGAGGCCGAGCCGGGACUGAAAGCCCGCGGGGAGGCUGAGCCGGGACCGAGAGCCCGUGAGGAGGUCGGGGCUGCAGAGGCGGGCAGUAUGGUUACCUCGAAGGGAGCUGGUCUGAACCCUAAUGCCAAAGUGUGGCAGGAGAUGCCCACUGUAUCCAGUGAGGCUCCUGCGGAUGGCACUGAGGCCUCCCCCUGGUCCCAGUCGAACAUAACUGAAGAGUCCACUGGAUGUAAAGCAUACACACCUGGCUUCCCAGUUCUCAUGGACAACAGCACCACUGCCACAGCAGAUGGUAUUGUCAACGGCAUGGACCCCUCUGACCCAAACCCUCUGACUGGGUGUAAUGAAUCCAAACUGUCUGAAGAUCAGCCUCUCUCUGCAGAAAGCUUGCGCGAGUCUCUGAAGAAAGAGCUGGAAUUCUGCUUCAGCAGGGAGAACUUAUCGAAGGAUCUUUACCUGAUUUCUCAAAUGGACAGCGACCAGUUUGUGCCAAUUUGGACUAUUGCCAGCAUGGAAGGAAUUAAGGUUCUUACCACUGAUAUGGACCUUAUCUUGGAUGUGUUGAGAUCAUCUCCUAUGGUUCAAGUGGAUGAAAAAGGCGAGAAAGUGCGGCCAAAUCACAAACGCUGCAUCAUCAUUCUGCGAGAGGUUCCAGAAACGACCCCUGUGGAGGAAGUGGAGGCCUUGUUCAAGAAUGACAACUGUCCGAAGGUCAUUAGUGUGGAGUUUGCUCACAACAAUAACUGGUACAUUACAUUCCAAUCGGAUACGGAUGCUCAACAGGCAUAUAAAUACUUAAGGGAAGAAGUCAAAACAUUUCAGGGAAAACCCAUCAUGGCCAGAAUAAAAGCCAUCAAUACCUUCUUUGCAAAGAACGGCUACCACAGCCUGGACUGCAGUGUCUAUCAGCAGCAGCCUCACACACAGUCCCAGUACAGCUCACCGCUCUUCAUGCAGCCUAUAUACAGCCCACAGCAGCAGUAUCUCUACGGCAUUGUCCCUCCGACCUGGACUCCAUCUCCAACUCCGUACUUCGAGACUCCUCUGGCACCUUUUCCUAACAGCGGGUUUGUCAAUGGAUUUGGCACAGCUACACACUACAAAACUGGUUCAAAUUCUCUCAACAUUGGACGCCCUUUCAACAGAAACCGUGUCCCACUCUAUUCAAGAAAGAAUGUAAUAAAUACCUUCAGGAACCACGUGAAGCCCCAGACCAGGGUGAAUGAUGGACUGGCCUCCACUGUCCCCUCAGUGUCUGUGGUGGACGGGCUCCGCAGUCCACAGCCUCCUGCCAGCAGUAGCUCAGUGUUGGCCACCUCUGAGCUGAGCUCCUCUUUCCCACACCUGACCACCUCCGCUGAGCCAAACGAUGACAGCACUGUGGCUGGAAGAGGACGGAGGAAUACGUACAGAGCGACUCGGAGGAGGAGAGAGGACGAACGAACCAUAAAGCCAGUUCCGCUCACUGAAGUUAAGGUUUCACCACCUAAAUUUGACCUGGCUCCUUCCAAUUUCCCUCCACUCCCUGGAUGCUCAGGCAGCCCACAGGGAGAGCCAGUGCUAGAGAACCGUAUGUCUGACGUGGUACGGGGUCUCAACAGAGAUAAGCAGUCAGACUCAAACAAAGAAUCCACUGUGAGCACUUCUGCUCCGGCCUCUGAGGAGACAGUCCCCAGACCUGCACUGACUGCAAGCAAACCCGCUGUUCACACUGCAGAUCCUCCUAGCUACAGCGCAAGCGCAACCCCUCAGGAGAAGAAACUGGAUAAACCUGAGCCCUUGGUCCAUAAAGAGAUGCCUGUGAACUCGAGCACCACCUCAGCCAUUCCACCGACUCCGGCUCAGCCUGCUCCUGUCUCCAAGACUCCGCUGAGUCCCGCAAACCCUGCAGCCCCACAGGCCAACGCUGGCCACCCCAGCCCCGCCCCACUGGAGCCUCGGAAACUGAGCUACGCUGAGGUGUGCCAGCGCCCCCCCAAGGAUCCCCCACCACCACCUCCACCACCUGUGGUCAGCCCCGGUCCCGCCAGCUCUACCUCGCAGCCUCUGAGGGAGCUGCGUGUCAAUAAGGUGGACGAGCAGUCGGGUGGCAGCGAGAGGCCCGAGCGGCCACAGGAGCGUGGGGGGGACUGUAAGAGCAGAGAGGGCCGGCCGGCUCGCGACUCGCAGGGCUUCUACCGCAGCAACGGCCCUCCCAGAGCCAGCACGGGGGGCUUCAAACUCCGCGAGCAGCAGAGGCGUCCUCAGUUCACGCGCCGCACUUCACCCCAAGGAGCCUCCAGACACACUGGCAAAGAGCAGAACAUCCCCCCUAUAUCGCCAAAGUAAAGACUCGACUAAAUCCUUACAAAUGUAUGAAUAUAUACACAUAUACAUAUAUAUAAAUAUAAAUAUAUAUAUAUAAAGAGAUGAAAUAUAAAGUUUAAAGAUCUAAAAUAAUAGCCACCUCUUUUGCCUGGAGCACAUCCACAGGAAAAUCUCAUGAAAUGACAAUGCACAGACGGAGACGUCCUGGCGUACGGGCAUCAAAAAACAUUGGAAGCUAGUUAUAAGCUUGUUGAAGGAAGUCAUCAAAUAGGAAAAAGUGCGCUUCUCAACUUGACAAUGCCCCUUCAGAAUGUAAUUUUUUUUUGUUUGGGUUUUUUUUUUUUUUUUUUUUUGGCUUUCUUUCCCCACUUCUUGAUGAGAGCGUGUUACCCAGGAGGCGGAGAGACUGGGGGCAUCGUAACAGCUGAGUGCUCACAGUGCUAUUGUUGAGCUGAAUCAAUAAUAGCAGUCUGCAAAGAACAUAUACACUAAGAAGAAAAGGAACAUGCAUACAGUCAUGUACCUAUACAAAGAUAUCACUUUGACAUGCAAGGAUUCUACUAAUAUUUUCCUUUUUUUUUUUUUUUUUUUUUUUUCUUUCUUCUCCAUUCGCAUUGGCAGGUGACUGGGAAUGCGAUGUUAUGGAGGGAGUGAAAGAUGUACAUGAACUUUGCUCUUUGAGUGGAAGGAUGUAUUUUGCAGUAGUGUUGAUGAAUCAGUUUUGGGAUUUAGAUCCCGUUUAGAAAAUGCAACGCCUGCUUGAGUGGAUUGGCAGAUAGCUAGGAACAGCAGUGAGGCUUGCUGUUGGUCUGGAAUUUUGCAUCAUUUUUGCUUGACAUGGCUGAUCUAAGCUCCCUGAAUCAAAAGAGCUGCUGUGUAGAAAUGUGUAAAAAGAUGCGUUGGCUUGUGGCGCUUCAGUAAUUAUUCAUAUACAUCACUUCGUGAGGUUGGAGCCUGCCAAUUAUAAUGCUGGAUCACUGGUUUGCUUUAUUUCCUUUUUUUCCCUCGCUCUUUAUUUUUCUUUAAUUAUUAUUUUUAGUUAGAUUGUGUAACCAACAGCCUGUGAAAGAUCACAAUAUCAGUCAGGUACAUAGACACUCAAGUAUUUUGUCAUCUCAGUUGUUUUUUUGUUUUUUUUUCUCUGUGUGUGUGCAUUAUUGUCCCAAAAUGGCUUCUGAGCAAGCUCAUUUUUUUCCUGAUAAUCAGUCAGGCGCAUGACUCUGUUUACAAGAUUGUCGGCUUGGGCUAAGAGGCAGAGAUGAAGCUGCUUUUGAUUGCGUUUUGGGCGACACACUAUUCUUAAAAUCAGGACCCUUGCUAUAAUGAUUAGUAGCUAUUGUGCUUAGGUGUGUGAUAGUGAUUUAGGUCAGGAAAACCCAAGGCCUAUUUUUAUUGAAUAACGAAUGCUGUAUUGUUUCAGCUGUACAGAAAUGGGUUGAUUUCACUGUAAAAAUCGGUUUAAAUUGUGGUACAUCCUAAAAUGGUGAAUGUUUUGGUUCAUUCCUCCUAACCUUGAGAUACAGUGCAAAGCACAACGGAUACAGGAUGAAAAGCUGAAAGUAUGAUUUUUGUUGUGCUUCCAGCACAGACGUGAUUGUCCACAAAUCCUGAUUCAUCAGCUGAUUUAACUACAAUUGUCUGUUUUUAAAUGGCUUUGUGUUUUUGGUGAUUAUGGAGAUCAUAUUACUUUUCUUUCCCUGGUGAAAAUAAGUGAUGACACAUUUAGUGCAGGCCAUUGAAAUGUUAACAAAUGAAUGAUGGAAGUCAUAUUUUCCUUUCAUGUAAUUUUUUUUUUUGUUUUGUUUUUUUUUGUUUUUGAAAGCUUAGUUUUGUUUGGUUGAACCCUGCUGCAUAUUGAUGGUCUUGGGCAUUUUAUCAUACACCAGAGUCAUUUCAUGCAAUUUUGCAAGAUCAGCAAAACCUUUAAGAAAUCUCUCUACAUGCUUAUUGUGUCCUCCUUGAUUAUCCCGCAAACAGAAGACUCGUCUUGACAUUUUAGAUGGUUUACAUCAGUGACCUUCACAAAAAAAAAUGUGCUCAGAUCUAGAAUGACUUUUGCUCUUGGCAUCUGUACCAAAACACGAGUUGCUUUUGCGUGUAUGAGCGGUCGCUCCUGGACGAUGACCUUUUGUCGCAUGUGCUUUUCAAAGCAGCAACUCCGCCACCGCCAGAAAGCAAAAGGAGGGGGAGAAAAAGAAAAGCAAUGUGAAAGUGAACUGGUGCUGUUAAUUUAAAUUUGUAAUCAGAGGAAGAUGCAGUAUUGCUGUUGAAUUCAUUGUAAGUAUUGUGGCUUUUUUUUUUUUUUUUAAAUUGAGUUUUUAAUCUAUUUUAAUCCUCCUGCCCAUCCCUUCCUUGUCACCCUCCCCAGUCUAUGUAGGCCAUGUUCCUGACUUAUGUACAAAAUGACAUUGGGAGAGAAUCACAGAUUUAACAUUUGUAUAUUUUUGAGAUUUCAGCAAAGAAAAUACUUGACGCAUUUACUAGAGGCUUAGUAAUGCAGUAAAUAAAUAACGAAUCACUGGGGCUUUUAUUGUUUUCUCUUCUUUUUUUUUUUUUUUUUUUUUUUUUUUUUCCUCCUUAUUUUCAUUUUGUUUUCAUUAAUGAAUUUGAGCAGCUAGUGGUUUAGUGUAAUGGAACAAAAUGCACUAACUUGUUUAAAAAAUCUUACUGUUAAUGUAAUGUGAAAUCAUAUUAGAAGCAUAAGAUAAUGACAUUGAGCGGCUUGCAGAAAUCUACAGGAAUAGCAUUCUCCUUAAUGUUUGGGUUCUCACUGUUAAUUGGUUUUAGGGCUGCUGUGGCAAAGGGAAGAAUUAAUAUAACAAUGGAUUGAAAGUGUUGGAGACAGUACAUUCUAGCUGUCUGCAUAAAAUGUCAUUAAAAAAAUAAAUUAUUUUGUUUUGGCCUUGGA